AUGGCAGUAGAAAGUCCAUUGCUUGCCUCACCUGUCAACGUCAUGUCAGCCAUCUCUCCCUAUACAGACUUCUCUCUUUCACCAUGUUCUCCUUCAAUUCAAAGAUCUCCAUAUUACCAAUCGCUGCCCGCGCGAAAUUACUCAGGCUCCAAUCUCCAACCAACUCCUUUCGAGGACGGCCUCUCUCCUGCCAGCGCGCACCUACUCAGUCCAAUGAGUGAUAUGGUGGGACCUUCGCCAGUGACCUCAAAUGGCACUACAACCACAGAUAUUGAGGAUGAUGAAGUGGCAGAUGAAACGAUGAACCAUGAGGAUAUACCCAGAGCCGAUUCGCAACUUACUUUGAAAAGGCUCAGCACAAAUCUACCAGAAGAAUUUCGUGCUUCCAUCGAAGAUGAGUCUGUUUCGGUCAUCCACGCCCCCGAGGGCUACGCAAAAUUCCCGUUCAGUGAUGCAACCCCAGCACAAUCGGCGAAAGCACUUUUGGAUCGUUCAACACCAACUCCAUACCAGCAGUCUAGAAGUUCAAGAAGUAGUCCAAGAAGUAGCCCUCGCACCAGUCCUAAGUUUAAUCAAAGGACAAGUCCGAAGACCAGUCCGAAAACGAGUCCAAGUGGAAGCCCCAGUAACAGCCCAGGAAUGAGUCCAGAAAUUCUCCAGGUUGCUGAGCAUGCGGAUAAAUCUAUCGAGCCAGGUCCAGUUUCACCUCCACCGAUCACUACAGACAUUAAGCCGAUGCAAUUUGGUUUGGAAAAUCAAACACCUCGAGCGCAAACCCGUCAAGAAGUCGAGUCGUUUUCGGAAGAGAGACGACCAUCUCGGCCGAGUAGUCUUGAAGGUAUAACCGAAGAAGAAGAUACAAAGAUUCCUUACUCACUAGAUGUAGGGAUUCCCGAGGAACUUCCCAAGGACUUUUCGGAAGACGAUUUCGAUGCUCGUACAGUUCAUAAUGCGGACGAGGAAGUAUCAGCCUUGAAGACGGCGCUUAAUGAAUGUUGGACACUCUGCAAUACGUUGGCUAGUCUUAGCUCUAUUCACCGUGAAAGGAUAUUUAGCUUUUCUGGAUCCGGGGAUGCUCACGAAAAAGCUUGGAAAUGUUGUUGGAAGCUCUGCAAGAAAUUAUACGAUAGCCGCGACGAAGAUCACGAGUUUCAUGUUAGGCCAACACUGGAUCUGUGUAGAGAUUUUUGCCAAUCUCUAUUUGAUGUGCGCCAAAAGAAAGACGAGGUGGCUGACUCAGUAUUGAGGGUCAGUUUCGAAUUGAACAACCACUUGUAUAAUACACACGAUCGCAAUUUACCGGAAGCUUUUCGGGAAAGAACUCUGGACUUUUACAUAACGCUAUGCCAUCGUCUCAUGAAACAAAGAAGUGAACUUGCCGAAGAGACAGAUUCUCUUCUCCGAGCUUGCUGGAGUCUUGCUGAAAUGCUUUUCAGUCUUCGACAAAACAGAAGAGAAGGUAAAAUGGCAGAUGAAGAGCUUCUUGGGUCUGCUGUUCAAGCUUGCUGGGAACUAUGUGACCUUUUCCGAGAAGGUUGGACACAGGUUCGUCCUGAGAGGGGUACACCUCGCCCAUCCCAAACGACUUUCAGAACAUCAUCCGAUCAAAUGUCUCGCUCUUCACAUACCAAGUCUAGUAGUCUAGCUUCGCUAUCAGAGAAUCCUGAAGAGCAUACACCUACAAGAUAUGUCAUCCUUCCUGAAACCCCAACAACCGACUUUGAAGAUACCCCCAUCACACCAGAGGAGAACUCGCCAAACAUUCCAAAUAUUAUGGUUCUAGGUUCAGAAAGACCACCGCGAUGGUCAUCUGCCGCAUCUUCACUUUCAGGAUAUUCUCAAGAAAGUGGUGCUAGCACGGUAACCAACGGAAACCAACCGGAGGAUCUAAAUUUGACACGGCUCAAGAUACUUAUCUUGAAAGCUUCAAUGAAUGUGGGAUAUUCAAGAACUGCGAUCUCGUCCAAAGGUUCACCCUUGACACUUCAAAAUUUUGUCAAGGCACUGCCGACUGGUACCUUUGGUCCAUCGCCAGCGCAAACAAAUCUACUUUCAUCAUAUCGAAACCUGGUACUGAGCGACCCUACCUUCAGAAAUCCAAGCUCACUACCGCCGCCAGGAAAGAAAGUCUCAGCCAAUGAUCUCGCUAAGAGUGUCAGUUGGAUGAUGAGGACUGGACAAUACACAUUUUUGAGAGAUUUAUUCAGGAUGGUGUUUGGCUUCCGUGUUGAUGAAGCUGAUUCACGAAAGGGUGUCAGCAUCUCGGUUUGA